GUUUGAAGAGCCAGGUUGUAGAGGAGACGGGGCUGUGUUAGGAAUCAGGCUCUUGGGACGGGACUGAAGGGAUCGGGGCUCGGAGAAGACGCGGCUGUGGGGACGUGGGCUCCAGACGGGACUUAGGGGAAGGGGACGGAGUUAUCCGGCAUCCGAGGAGAAGCGGGCUGAGAGGGACAGGUUUGUGAGGACCCGCGCUCCUAAGAGGAGAGGGUCGGAAGAGAAUGGGGCGUGAAGCCACGGGCUUCUGAGAGGUAAAAGCGGAGCUGUGAGGACUCAGGUUGCUAAGUGGUAGAAGCGGGACAGUGAAGACCCAGACUUCUAAGGGUUCGGAAACAGGGCAGCGAAGACUUAGGUUCUUGAGAGGCAGGAGCAGUAAGAGAACACUUGGGUUUGGGAAGAACAGGAGCGGGCAGUGAAGACGGGCUUCUGUGGGGACGGGAUCGGGGCUUGGAGACUCCGAAGUACCUGAGGGAACAGGGCUUUGAGGACACGAGCUCCUAAAAGCAGAAAGUAUAAGAGUCUCCUGACAUGGAGUCACUUCAUUCCAUUGUGCUUGACCAACAUCGUCUACAAUUGGGCUGAUGAAAGUUGUCAGUAAACAGUUGAUUGGCCUUGGUCCUCAUAGCUCCAAAAAGAAACAAGAUCUCGAUAAGCUCUAUGAGCUGAAGUCCAAAGCGCGGCAGAUUAUGAACCAGUUUGGCCCCUCAGCCCUAAUCAACCUUUCCAAUUUCUCAUCAAUAAAACCGGAACCAGCUAGCACCCCUCCACAAGGCUCCAUGGCCAACAGCACUACAGUGGUAAAGAUCCCAGGCACCCCUGGGACGGGAGGGCGUCUCAGCCCUGAAAACAAUCAGGUAUUGACCAAGAAGAAGUUACAAGACUUAGUAAGAGAAGUGGAUCCUAAUGAGCAACUGGAUGAAGAUGUGGAGGAGAUGCUGCUGCAGAUUGCUGAUGAUUUUAUUGAGAGCGUGGUGACAGCAGCCUGCCAGCUUGCUCGGCAUCGCAAGUCCAGCACCCUGGAGGUGAAAGAUGUCCAGCUGCAUCUAGAACGCCAGUGGAACAUGUGGAUCCCAGGGUUUGGCUCUGAAGAAAUCCGACCCUACAAAAAAGCUUGUACCACAGAAGCUCACAAGCAGAGAAUGGCAUUGAUCCGGAAAACAACCAAGAAAUAACACAUGGAAAAGUCAGGGAAUGGACAACAAUGUAUUUGGAGAUACUUGAGCUGAGACCUCAGCCAUCUCAUCCUUGGAUUUUUUUUUUUUAAUGCUUUACAGAGAAGCAUAUAUUUUUUAUUAACAGUGCAGCAAUAUCUAUAAUGACUGAGAGGAUCUGCCAAAAGAAUAAAGCCUCCUACCCCCAAUGCCAGCCCCUUUUCCCUGCCGUCUCAAAGAGGAGCAAUGUAUCUUCCAGAGAAGAUUUUAUCUGUGGUUUAUUAUAUGUGAUUGACUAGGGGACAAAGCAUUAUGGUCUUGUUUGGUGAGAGAGUAUUAGCAGGAUUAGUAGAGGUUUUUGUUUCCUUCUCCCUCCCCCUUUUCCCUGUACUUUGUAAUGUCAGUGUUUAUAUGAAUAUGACUUUCAUUUGCUUUUCCAGAAUAAAGAAGUUAUUAAUC